AUGGAGAGCACUUGGAAAAUAUGUGUCUGCUUCUACUGCUGUCUGCCCUGGCUCUCUACUGGCACCCAGUGCUCCCCUCCCUCCCAGGGCUGGGGGGGCUCUGACAAAGCCCCUGGGCUUGUGGCAGCUGCUGCAGACCAUGUUGCUGAGCUCCAUCCAGUGCUGCAGCUGCCCACGAGUGCCAGACGUGGCUAUGCCCUCCUGCCUCCCCUCCUGAAGGUGCUGUCUGACCGGGGCCAGCGUGGCUGGGCCAGCGAGGUGCCCAGGCUGCAGCCAGACUCCAGGGCCCUGCGGUACAUGAAGAGGCUCUAUAAGAUGUCAGCCACCAAGGAGGGCAUCCCCAAGGCCCACAGGGGCCACCUCUACAACACUGUCCGACUUUUCACUCCGUGCUCGGAGUGCAGGCACCGCCACGGGGACCUGGGCAAAGGAGAUCUUCACUCGGUGGAUUUACUCUUCAACCUGGAUCGUGUUACUGCUCUGGAGCACUUACUCAAGUCUGUCUUGCUCUAUUCCUUUGACACCUCUGUCCCUGUUUCCUCUUCCAUUACCUGCAUCUGCCAUUUAUCCAUUAAGGAACAUGACUUUUCCAGCCAAGUAUGCCCCAGCAUUUCCCACUCUCUAGCUUUUAGCCUGCACUUUGAAGUCAGAAAACGCAAGUGGGUGGAGGUGGACGUGACUCCUUUCCUCCAGCCUCUAAUCGCCACGCACAGGAGGAAUAUCCACAUGGCUGUGAACUUCACUUGUCUGAUGGGCGACCCACAACAGAGCACCAAACUGGAGAACCCUGUGAACGUGGCACUGGUUCCCCCUUCCCUCCUUCUGUAUCUGAACGACACCAGUGAGCAAGCUUAUCACCGCUGGAACUCCCUGAGGCACGGGAGGAAGAGCCCAGCGCGGGGCAGGCAGAGGAGCAGCCCCUCGGGUGGCAAAGGCAGUGCAUCCAGGGCAUCUAGGCAGCGAAGGGAUGAGAACCUGAAAGCAGCACCAGCAGCUCCACCUAACAACCUGAGCGAAUACUUCAAACAGUUCCUGUUCCCUCAGAACGAGUGUGAGCUGCACAACUUCCGCCUGAGCUUCAGCCAGCUCAAGUGGGACAGGUGGAUCAUUGCCCCGCACAGGUACAGCCCCCAGUACUGCAAGGGGGACUGUCCCCGGGCCACGGGGCACAGGUAUGGCUCUGCCGUGCACACCGUGGUGCAGAACCUCAUCUCGGAGCGGCUGGACCCCGCGGUGCCCCGGCCGUCCUGCGUGCCCGCGGCGUACAGCCCGCUCAGCGUGCUCACCAUCGAGCCCGACGGCUCCAUCGUCUACAAGGAGUACGAGGACAUGAUAGCCACCAGGUGCACCUGUCGGUAG